CCCAGAGGCCAGACUGAGGCUAAUGGCGGCGUCCACUGACCAGAGCGUUGGGGGCGCUGAAGAGGCCGUGGCGGAACAGGAACCGCGAGUUCUGGAACCCGGGGCCGCCCCGUUCGGAAAUUUCCCUCAGUAUUCCCGCUUCCACCCUCCAGAGCAACGGCUCCGCCUCCUGCCCCCAGAGCUGCUUCGCCGGCUCUUCCCUCAGGGUCCCGAGACGAAGCCGAUUCUGGGGCUCGACGUGGGGUGUAACUCCGGGGAUCUGAGUGUGGCUCUGUACAAACACUUCCUUUCCCUACGUGAUGGGGAGAACUGGUCAGAUGUCUCAAGAGAAUUUCGUCUCCUCUGCUGCGACAUAGAUCCAGCCCUGGUGGAGCGAGCUGAAAAAGAAUGCCCUUUUCCUGAUGCCUUGACUUUUAUUACCCUGGACUUCAUGAAUCAAAGGAGCCGGAAGGUUCUCUUGAGCUCCUUCUUAAGCCAGUUUGGACGCUCAGUUUUUGACAUUGGCUUCUGCAUGUCGAUAACCAUGUGGAUUCAUCUGAACCACGGGGACCAUGGCCUGUGGGAGUUCCUGGCUCACCUUUCCUCCCUCUGUCGCUACCUCCUUGUGGAGCCACAGCCGUGGAAGUGUUACCGGGCAGCUGCAAGACGUCUCCGAAAGCUGGGCCUCCAUGAUUUUGACCACUUCCAUUCCCUUGCCAUCCGAGGCGAUAUGGCCAGUCAGAUUGUGAAGAUCUUGACCCAGGACCAUGGCAUGGAAUUAGUAUGUUGCUUUGGCAAUACCAACUGGGACCGAAGCCUUCUGCUCUUCAGGGCAAGACAAACCACAGAUCAUCCAAUCCCUGAAUCACUGAUAGAAGAAGGGAAAGCAAGGAACAGAUUAACAUUCUGGAGAUAGUGAGAUGAGAGGGCAGAAAGACCAGGAAAGAGAUAUUGAAAGGGUUUUAUACUGAAAAUUAAGUUCAUUCUCCUUCACUCCCUAACAGUUAGGCUGCUUCAAAACCUAGCAGAAGCUUUGGCAAAAUGUCCAAGACAUGCAAUUGAAAGAAUCAGUUCUAUCUGUUCCCCAUUGUUGGGGAUGAUCCUGAAAGAGUGCACCUAUGGAGCAAAGACCUGAGCUAUUGGAUUGAGAUGGCUAAAGAAAGUGAUCCUUUUGCUGGGAUAUGGACGGGGCUGCUUUUGGUGGUUAUUU